AUGAAAAAGAAAAGAAAAAGGAAAAGUUCGGGUCUAACAGCGCACCCCAGCCUCGGCAGUGCUCCUGACGUCCCUAAUAAAGAGAACUAUACCACAGCGUCGUUCGCUGAUGAGCUAUUCGGAGCCGAUAAGCUUGACCCUGAUAAUUUUAUCUUAAAAUCAUUUGAGAUUAAAGUAACCGAGAAUAUAACUGUUAAAUGGGAUACUGUUAUCUUCAACCGUCAAAUGUUUGUCUUAGUUCCGACCACUCUGUCACAAAGUGGCAGUAGAGAUAGCUUCGUUGCACUGCUUGAAAUCGCAGAAGAAGAAUUGGAUUGCGAAGCUGUUAUAUGUUGUGUUCAGAAUAUAAGCUCAGAAAAGUCAACUCAAAUACGUACUUUCAUGUACAUGGGAUUUCAGGCUAUUCCGUCCACGAGCCCUCUGCUUUCUAUUUUGUCUCCUGGGUCGAAGAAAUACUUUUUUCUCGGUAACGAACUUUGA